AAGUAGAUUUACUUCACGGUUAAACUUGCAUCUCCACAAAAAUAGAACAGUGUAAAGCUUAUUCAGAGGUAUUGGUGUGUCACAACCCCCCUUUUUAUGGGGGCCGUGUGCAAAUCGGUUUAUAGACUAAGACUCUCCAACAGCCGAAGCAGACAUUUCGAAUAGUGGUUGUAGUGAGGAUAUUAAGCCCUUAUCCACCACAUACACUAGAUUCCGACAAGUCCGACCAACAAAUAGAUCAAGAUGCCUUUCAAGCCAGCCGAAAAUCCAAAAUGCCCAAAAUGCGGCAAAUCUGUAUACGCAGCUGAAGAAAAAGUAGCCGGAGGCUACAAAUACCACAAGUCUUGCUUCAAAUGUGGCAUGUGCAACAAAAUGCUCGACUCCACCAACGUCACCGAACAUGAAGCUGAGCUUUACUGCAAAAAUUGCCAUGGACGUAAAUAUGGGCCUAAAGGCUACGGAUUCGGUGGUGGAGCUGGGUGCUUAAGUAUGGACGAUGGCGCCCAAUUCAAAAACGGCGACGACGUGGUUAGAAGUCGUGCUCCUCUGCUUCCAAAAGCUAUCGCUAAAGCUCCCGAAGGCGAAGGUUGUCCUAGAUGUGGAGGAUAUGUCUAUGCCGCCGAACAAAUGCUCGCCCGUGGAAGAGCCUUCCACAAAACUUGCUUCAAGUGCGCUGACUGUAACAAGGGACUGGACUCCUAUAAUGUUGCUGAAGGUCCUGAUAAGGAUAUUUACUGUAAAGUUUGUUAUGGAAAACGAUUUGGACCGAAAGGAUACGGAUAUGGUCAAGGAGGUGGCACUCUUCAGAGCGAUUGUUUUGCUGUCAGUGACCAGGCUCCAAAAACCACCGUCAUCGAUACUACUGCGAUUAAAGCAAAACCAGGUGAAGGUUGUCCCCGUUGCGGCGGUGUAGUAUUUGCAGCCGAAGAAGUUCUUGCUAAAGGACGUCCAUGGCAUCGUAAAUGUUUCAAGUGCAAAGAUUGCACCAAAACUUUAGAUUCCAUCAACGCUUGCGACGGUCCCGAUAGAGACGUCUACUGCAAAACGUGCUACGGAAAGAAAUGGGGACCGCACGGUUACGGUUUCGCGUGCGGAUCCGGUUUCUUACAAACUGACGGUCUUACAGAAGAUGAAAUUUCCGCCAGCCGACCUUUCUACAACCCCGAUACGACCUCGAUUAAGGCCCCUCCCGGUCAAGGUUGCCCGAGAUGUGGAGGAAUGGUCUUCGCCGCCGAACAACAACUGGCCAAAGGAACUAUGUGGCAUAAAAAAUGCUUCAACUGCGCCGAAUGUCAUAGGCCUCUCGAUUCUGUUUUAGCAUGCGAUGGACCCGAUAAAGAAAUUCAUUGUCGCGCUUGCUACGGAAAACUCUUCGGACCUAAGGGUUUCGGUUUCGGUCACGCUCCCACUUUGGUGUGUGCCGACGGCACUGCACCGGCCGUUCACGAUCCCAGACCUAACAGUGGACGUAAAGCUGCACCGGGACAAGGUUGUAGACGUUGCGGUUAUGCUGUGUACGCGGCCGAACAAAUGAUUAGCAAAAAUGGAAUCUGGCAUAGGAGAUGUUUCAGUUGCGCCGAUUGCAGCCGUUCGCUAGAUUCUACAAUCCUUAACGAUGGACCUAACGGCGACAUCUAUUGCAGAGGUUGUUAUGGUCGCAACUUUGGACCUAAAGGUGUAGGAUUCGGAAUGGGCGCCGGAACCUUGACAAUGGCUUGAAUUAGACCCCUCACAAAUUAACUUUCUUAAUCAAUGCCAUCAGAGUACAGAUAAUAAUUAUACCAUUAUAGAAAUCUUUUAUUUUGGAUUGUUUUAGCCAGAAUAUGAAGAAAAAAAUUAUAAAAAUUUGUAUAUAAACAUUAUUUGAAUUGAUAGAAACAUUCCAAAAUAUUUGAUUUCUUGUGUUAUAUAUAAUUGGUUAAGACUGUAUAUAUAAUCGAGUUGAUUUGCAGUUAUGUUACAACUUAUGCUUUGGAGCGCAUAUUUUUGACUUAAUUUUUGAGAUUUUUUUAUUCCAUUUUUUUUGAGAAAGAGUAGAUGGAUGUGUUCCUUUUUGCCAGUGAAAAACUGAUUCGAUAUUUGUUACUAUACCUUCAAAUCUAUACAGGAUGUUGAAAUAUACUACUCGGAGUAGGGUAGCUCGUGAUGAAUAUUUGAAUCAGUUGAUUUUUUGGACGAACGACCAGGAAAACCUGAGAUUUUUUUAUGUAUCUACAUCGGCCACUUUGUUGGUCUAUUCGAUGGCUUCGCGCUUUUGCCAAAAAUUAAUAUUAGAUAAGUUAUUUUGCUGAUACACUGAUUAUACCAAAAUUUUUCGUCUAGUUAUAAUUAAUACAGUUUUAAUAAAAAGUUGAAUUUA